ACACCAUCAUGGCGAUGAUUACAAUUUACGUGUGAUUUAGGGAGAAAUUGGGAAAAUACGGUAUCAUUUGACGUUGAGUUGAAUAUUUUUUAGAAGAACUUUAGUUUUCGUAAAGUGGGGAACACAUCGGCUUGUUUAUAUCAGUAAAAAAUAAAGGGUUGAGGUUGUGUAAACAGAUUCUGUGUGUACGAGGCAGGACGUCGCCCGAUAAAAGAAAUCAUUGGAAUCAUCACUAUGAGCUCAGGGAGGCCGAUAAAAUGUGUUGUGGUUGGAGAUGGAACUGUAGGAAAAACUUGUAUGUUGAUAUCGUACACGACAGACAGUUUUCCCGGUGAAUAUGUGCCUACAGUGUUCGACAAUUACUCGGCGCCGAUGGUGGUGGACGGGAUACCGGUGAGCCUGGGCCUGUGGGACACUGCUGGUCAGGAGGAUUACGACAGGUUGCGCCCGUUAUCCUACCCUCAGACAGACGUGUUCCUCAUCUGCUUCUCGGUGACGAGUCCCUCGUCCUUCGAGAAUGUCACGAGCAAGUGGUAUCCGGAGAUAAAACAUCACUGCCCUGAUGCACCUAUGAUACUCGUUGGUACGAAAAUUGACUUGCGUGAUGAUCGGGAGACGCUCACUGCCUUGGCAGAGCAGGGCUUGAGUGCGAUAAAACGUGAGCAGGGACAAAAAUUAGCAAAUAAAAUACGUGCCGUCAAGUACAUGGAAUGUUCAGCCCUGACGCAGCGCGGCCUGAAGCAGGUGUUCGACGAAGCUGUUAGAGCUGUCCUCCGACCCGAGCCCCAGAAGCGUCGUCAAAGAAGAUGCGUCAUGUUGUAAAGCAAAAGGUUAAAGUUAGGAGAGGAACGAAAUUUGGUGCUCUUCCCAGACCUCCGACAAAACUAUAUUCAGACGUAUAUGAAAGAGAUCUAUCAACUCCCUCUCCUGAUACCAAACUGAGAAUUAAAAUUUUUAUAGACCAGACUGAACACAAGGAAACAAGCAGAAAGCAUUAUCUUGUAAUUAGAGUAAAAGAAGUAUGAAUUUAUCGUAUCAAAUCAUUAACAUGGUACAUUUCUUUAGUGUAAGUAGUGGAUUUAUUUAAUAAUGUUGAAGAGUCGAUGGAAGCAGUGUCAUAAGUUAGAUAACUGCUCAUUAGGGGGUAGCAGCUACUGAAUUUACAAAUUAUUUGUGCUUUAUAUUUCAUUUUUUUAAUUAAAUUUCCUCUAAUCGAAUUCAUCACCCAGCGAAAUGACACGAUUGAAUUGAAUAAAUUUUGUAUUUUGUAUUGAUUUAUUUAUUUCAUUAAAUAUACGAAAUGAAUGAUUAAGUAAUUCGAAAAAAAGAUUAUUGAUAAAUUUGUUUUCUAAAACAUUCUGAAUAAUUUCUUCAUUCAGAAAAACACUUUAUUCGGUUCAUUUGUAAAUGUUUUCUUUAAACAUUUAAAACCGCGAAUAAAUUAUUACUUUGAUGCCAAUGAAAGGGAAGACAAAAGUAGAAUUUAUUUAAUUCAAAUAAAUCAUUUCUCCGGGUGCAUAAAAAAAUUAAUAAAUCGAUGAUCAUUUUGUAAAAGUCAUUGGAGUAACCACGACCAAUUGAAAUGCUUACGCAGAAUUGCUAAUAAACCAAAGUUACGUACUCAUGACAAUUAAUUGUAAUUUUUUAUAAUACGUAAAAACUAGAAAUGAUACCAUAGAUAAAUGAGUGAAUCAUGAAUUAUUCUAGUCAGAAUGAAGCUGCUUCUGAAUUUUAUUUUAUCAUAAUUUAGUGGUUUGAGUUUGUCGAUGAACAGCUGCCAUUCUAACUGUGGUCGCUCCGAUGAUUAUAAGAAUGAUAGAAAUAUUAAAAUGAAUAUGUCAUUGUGAAACUGGAUAUACUUGAGUUUUUAGCACAAAGGGAUUAAUUUUAGUUGAAAAUGUGAGCUAUUGUUUUUGAAGGAACGAAACGUCUUCAAUUCGUCGGGUUGUUCAUGUGAGGCAGCAAAUGGGAUGACUAGUGAAGUUUCAUGAGAAAUUUUCGCAAUCAUUCGCCAUAGUUAUUGUGAUUCCGUUUUGAGAAAUUCCAACUUAGUAUUAUGAACGUGCGAGUCCUCUCAUACUGCCUAAUUUCGUAUGUUAUUGAAUUUUACAAUGAACAAGGGAACGAAAUUUCAAUAUUCACGUUUAGUUUUAGUUUUAUUCUCACUGAGAGCCAAAACGAAUUACAAAUGCUAAUGAAUAAUCUCACAAAACGAAUGCAUGUUCUGUAAACUUACUAGGAUGCAUUUAUUUUUUAUUUAUAUGUAUUUUCAAGAUGAAACUUUUUAAAAUAUACAUUGUAAACGGUAA